ACAAACUACGUCUCGGCGCAUUGAAAGCACUUUAAAGGAAGUCCCUGAAGAAUUAGUUGCUACUUUCGAAGUUAAUAUGCUGAGCCGCAGGGAUUGUUUUUGACAACACGUUGUAUACCUUUGGAAUCAAGCAGCCGUGAAAAAUACGCAAGCACAAACACGGUUGCGUUACGUUCUUUGCUGUCGACCGGCCCGCAACGAGUGCCCCAAAAUCGAUUGAAUGAAAUAUGCGAUCAUGCUGAGCCGUGAGAAAACCGCAACAGGAGGAUCACACCAACCGUUCGAGUGGGUUUUAGCACACUCUGUCCUGAUUACACUUUAAUGAGUUGGGCACGAAACUCAUGCAUAUGAGAGACUUCACUCGGCAUUCACUGGCCGCAUUUGUGAAAGGAAUUCAGCGCCCCAACCUCGGAGUUCUUGUGAUUUUACUGUUGGCUAGCGUACUGCCUGAAACUCGGUCCACGGGAAUGUUCGAAGUCCGUUUCUUGGACUACACGAAUCCCGGAAACAGAAACGGGCAGAAGACUUGUUGUAUUGGUGAAGAGACGGGAGGGAGCUGUUCUUCUCCUUGCAGCACCUUCUUUAAAGUGUGUCUCCGGCCCCUUACUCACACUGGGCCCUCGUGUCCGUUUGGGCAGAAGACUUCGGAUGUAUUGGGAAAUGGUUCAUUUGUAAUCCCGUCAAACAGUCUGUUGCAGAUACCCUGGCCUUCUACACUACAGUCAUGGCCUGGGUCAUUCUCUUUACUCGUGGAGGCAAGACACCGUCAAGGUCCAAACUCUUCAGUUUUAAUCGAGCAAGGUGUGGUCACAAGGAAGUCCCUGCUACCUGGGCUACAAUGGAACAACAAAAGCCAUGUAGGAGUAGUGGCAAAUGCAACUUUCUCUUACCGCGUGAAAUGCCAACAGUAUUAUUACGGAGACUCCUGCAGAAAACGUUGUGUACCGCGCAAUGAUGACCUUGGGCACUACUCGUGCGACAGCAAUGGGACUAAAGUUUGCAACCCGGGAUGGUCUGGACGCUACUGUGAUACAGCUGUUUGUCCGGGAUGCGACCUCACCCACGCUACCUGCCCACAUCCUAACAGUUGCAGUUGUCAGAUUGGUUGGCAAGGACAAAAUUGUACAGAAUGUAAAACGCACCCGGGAUGCCUUCACGGCACCUGUAAUAAACCCUGGGAAUGUAAUUGUAUUAAAGGCUGGGGCGGAAAUGACUGCGAUCUCGAUUUGGAAUUAUGCGCACGCGAGCAACCUUGCAAGAACGGGGGAAUAUGUUCAAAUAGUGGACUAAACCUUUACCACUGUACUUGCAAGAAGGGCUACACUGGAAAAAAGUGCGAGACAGAAAUAAAUGAAUGUUCAAAUAAUCCAUGCUACAAUGGAGGAACUUGCACGGAUCUCAUUGGGGACUUCAACUGUUCGUGCCCAGACGGAUUCAGCGGGAAGCGGUGCUACCCCACCUGCGGGCCAGGCGCGUGCAAAAAUGGUGGCACGUGCGUCAAUGGACUCCGUGGCUACUCGUGCGUUUGUUCGUCGGGAUAUACCGGAAGCGCGUGCGAACAGUCCAUAACAACGACUUCGGCGCCUACAACUACUACGAGCCCUGAAGCAAACGUCAAAAAUACUCAAAAAACCACUGAGGAAACUACUCUUCAAACUGCGCAAGAAACUACACCCGGAUCUGUCUCGGAGACCACUCGAGAAAGUACAAGGAAUGCAUCCCUUGAUGGGACGACGACAGAACCACAAGCAAACAGAACGAUAGGGGAAUCCUUUAAUUCGGAGUCUGGAAAAGGUGCCGUAGACCGGACAACCAUGAUAAUUGUGAUUGUCGCCUGUGUGCUUGUGUUUCUCGCUUUAUUCGUUGGUUGCGUCGCCUGGAGAUUCUGGAGAAAGUACAAGCGUGCGUCGCAGGACGCCGCUGGACAAGUUGAGGGAGUGCAUUCUCAUGCUAAUCCAAAACAAAUAGACAUUGAGGACCCUGAUCCUAAACAUUGUGCGAGCGCAAGAUCAGGCAAUCCUGAAAUAAUUAGAAACUUUGUGGCCUCGAAACGAAACGAAAAGAAUACAAAUAAAACACAAGACACCAUUACAGAGGAAAAGCUUUCAAAAGGAACAGAAUCUAAAGAAAUUGCCGGGGAGUCAUUGGAAUUAUCAGAUAUAAAGACAACAACGGCGCGAUCUUCGACAAGAGAACGUCAUACUCUGGACGAGUUAUAUCUACCUAAUCGUUGCUUUGAUCAAGGAUUUUGGCAGGAAGUGGAGUUGGAAAUCUAAUUUAAAUUAUUUAACAUAACAGGCUCACUCGGCCAACAGAGCAAGACACGUUCAAAUCACGUGAUGUCAGCCUCCAGAAGCAACAGUCACGUGGACAGCAGUCAUCAGGUCACGUGAUGACUUGAAUGAUCUACUUAGAGUCAUCUGCUUUCAGGAAAAAAACGGUUACAAAUGAGAUGAGAAAAACUGUGCAGAAUAAGUAAACGAGUUGUUACGUAUAAAAAGGACUUCAAUAUCCAGGAGAUAUGAAACCAGCCAAUCAAUUCCUCUCAAUGGCGAGUGAAGCUCAUCCAAUUCAGGAAAAAAAAUUCGUCAUGAAAAGUUACUUUAGUAUAUAUAAAAAAAAAAAAAACAAAAAAACAGAAGAGUUUCUUGUGCUGCGCUCCAGGGCCCUAUCCGAAGGGCUAUUUUAGGGGGCUGUGCUGGAGGGCCCUAUCCAUAGAACUAAGCAGACAAGCCUCUAUUGCAAGCCACAAGUGGGACCUGGAGAUCAUAAGAAAGAGCUACGUUAACGAAUGAAGGUUGUCUCAAUAUUGAACAGUGGUAACUACGAAAGAAUUUACUUAAAAUUUUACAUCAUUUCAGGCUUGUACAUAACUUCUAUCAGCGACUCGUGAUUUCAGAAAAAUAAGAAAGUGUUCGAUGACUGGCAGAGAAAUGCAGAUUGCUUUGGGAGAUGCUCUAGCGCAUACAAUAAGUUACAUUUUUACAAUCUCAUUUUACAUUUGUGUUUCGAUUUCAGCCCUUUGAUUGAGUUCAUAGCCACAUGCUUUUGAAGUUUGACUCGCGCCAUUCAAUUCCCAUUUCAAUAGGACUUUUAUAAUAGGGGUCCAAUCCAAUGUGUAAAUUUUUCUACCAUGUGGACGAUAAAUAAGGCUUUUAUUUAUAAACCGCAGGUCACGAAGACUUAGGGAAAUAAUAUCUAGCCAAAUUUGUGAGAAUUAUCAACGUUAUGUUAUAACUUCGUUAGGAGUUGGAGUAAGGCCCAUGGCCAAGUUCAAAACUCUUUGCUUUAUUUCGCAUGGUAUUGGAUAUUACAAGGUUACUGCAUUUUCGUAGGGCCAAUAAGAGCAAAGGACGUGCCUGCUUAACACAUCACGUGCUUUUCUCACGUGAUUUUUCCGAGAGUCUUUUGUCCGAUUGUGGCUGGAAAUUCUCUGUUCGCUCCUUUGCCAUUGAACUGUUGUGACAAAGUAACAUUAGAAAUCUGGUGAAUACAAUUUUUUUUAGAUACGAAGUAGCCUGUGUUAGGCAUUAGGUCAGUGGAAACGAGCGAAGACGUUGGUGCGCAAAAAAACGGUGGAGGUCAGAAAACAAAAAAUGUAUCCGUUUCCUCGUCGACAACGACCGCUAUUUUUCCUUCGCCCGCUCUUCCGCUCGCCUCCAUUGAUUUCGGGCUCAUAACAAGCUUGACACGAUGCUGGCUUGGCCUCUUUUCCUUGACUCUGUAACUCCUUGCUGUCGUCGUUGUUAAUCUGGCGGGUUUUUUUGUUUUUUUUUGUUUUUUUGUUAAUAUGUUGUAUAAAGUUUUGGGGGCUUCCUUAUUUAAAUAAUCUUCAGCUUGCCCUGAAAUAAUCAAGUCUUGCCGAAGGAGUCCUCAACUUUUGCAUACAUUCGAUGGAACUAGUGCCGAAUGUCUCUGUCCUCCCUACCCUCCCGUCCCUCGAGCUGGUGUUGACAUCUCAAACGGUCUUUGGAGACUCAAGUUAGAACCUAUUCCACCCGGAAAUAACUCGUUCCAUCGAAUGUACUUUUGCAUUUUAAAGAUGCAACCAGCAUUUGACGUGUAGUUGUCAUUUUCCUUUUUAGACCCCGGUUUAAUGAACUUACUACUUAUUGUAAUGUUUUGCAUCAAAAACAUUUAUAGCUCUUGGCUCGUUUUCAAAUCUUUCACCCUGCUUCUCGAUAGUAACACUGCAGAAGAAUCACAUUUCACGGAAAACGUAGCUGUUUCAUCAUGACGGGGUAGGCUUAAUAGAUAUAUAUAUAUUUUUGUAAAUUUUUAUAUAAUUCGCCAGACAGUUUUCUAGAAAUCCUCAAUGGAGGCAGGAGGAAGUCGUUUGAAAAGAAAUUUAAUAUAUAGAACGAAAAAAAAUAAAUACAUAUAUUUGCACCUUGA